CAGACAAGCUCCGAGACGCUACUCGUUAGGCAGCAGAGUAGGAGGUGAGGGCGUCCUGGCGGAGAGGUGCGGCAGCAGGGAUGCAGGGGACACUCAUGGAUGUACAUCUUUGAACUAUGCAGGCUACUGCAGUGGUAGAAACUACUUCUGAUAAAAACUGCCAGAAAAAUGGGGGAGACCUCCAAAAAGAUAAACCUUAUAAUCCUAAGAAAGAAAAUGGGUUAUUUUCCAGUGGUUGCAAUGAAGUCAAGUUGACUUUUCCUGAUGGUGAAUGGGAUUCCUUGGCAGCAGAACAAAGAGCUAGUGACAAAGAAAUCAGCAGUAUUUACAAGAUGGAUUUAUCAGAACCAUCUUUUUCAGUAAAUCAAGAUACUAAUGUAGAGCAUAUUUUCUCUCAGUCAAGUGAGUUUGAAGACAGUAUUGACUAUGCUUUUUUGAAUGAGACAUACUCUAUACAUUGUUCAGAAUCAAAACUCAGGAAUGCAAAUCUUCCACAUCUAUAUUCAGAGUUACAUUCUGAGGUGCCCAAAAAGGUUGAGGUGAGUUCUGGCAUUUUAGGACCUCAGGAUAACAAUAGUAUUGGAUUGCAAAAGAGCCAUGAGGUUUCGGAUGGAGACAAGAGUGACGUGGAUGAUGAUUCCCAGCAGGAGUACCACAGUGCUGAGCAAGAAUGCAUUAGUACAUACUUACCCUGUGACCCAGCUAAAGCAGUAAGCAAAUCGAAGACAGAUGUGAGCGAGUUGAAAACAUUAGGCUAUGACGUUAAGUGUAAUGGCAAUUUAGAAGAUAAUUAUGUUAAAUUAGAGAGUGGUCCUAGCCCCUCUUUGGAGUCACUUAAUAUUUUGGCACAAAAAUGUUCACCUCAUUCCUUUAAAUCUCAGAGUUCUGAUACAUUAAAACAAUACCAUGAACCAAAAUUUGAAAAGUGUAAGGAACAAGAGGUUGGUUUACUAAACCGUAAAGUGUUUGAUGACAUUUUGCAGAGAAGCAGCUCUCCCUUAAACCCUCAGAAAAUACCCCAAACUAAAAUGUUUGCUAAAGAAAUGAAACCUCAGACAAUUGAAAGUACAGAUUUUUGUGGAAAUGGAAUUUUUCAGAACAAAACAUUACAAUGCCAUGAGAACCCUAUCUCGUUUCGCCAAGACCAAGCCCUUGGGACACAACUGAAGGCUAAUAAUUCUCUCCAGACUUCUGGGACUUCCAUUUUUGAUGACUCAGUCAUUUCUCUCUGUGGCUCUUUGCAAUACAAAGGCCUCCCGGAUCCAGGCUUUUUUUCUCCUGUGCUCCCAAAGGUAGCAGUCACAGAAAAUCAGGCAGAAGUAGAGGACAGCUGUCUACACCAUGUAAAAAGCGGUGCCCCAAAUAAAACAUGCUCUCCUGAUGUGAAAGAACCAUGUCUAACGUCAGUGCCAGAUGCCACAGGCUGUAUGUUUGCAGUUCAGCAGACACUGGAUGUGAGCAGAGGGGCAAAUACAAGAUCUUCUGUCAUGUCUACAUCAAGCAACACAGAGAUAACGCUGAAAAAACAUGAACCUCAUGAGCGGCAAACUGAGAAACUAAGUGUGGCCUGUAAUACAGACUGGUCGUGCAGACAGGAUUGCAGAGAUGCGCAGAUGACUGUACCAAAAGAAUCAGGAAGGCCACUCUCAAUGGACUGUUUAAAGCCCAGUGGGAUUUCCCUGAAUGAGAAUUCCUUGGAACUAAGAAAAUCAUUUAAUGCCACAGACAGAAAAAAACAUCCUGAGAGGGCAUUUCAGCUUUGUGAAGAGAUGAAUUUGCCAUCAAAGUGCUGUGAGAAAACCAUUGAGAGGGCCAUGAAGGCCGAGAUGCACCUUUUGGAUGUUUGCUAUCAGAUGUGCCAUCGCCACUGUAGUCACAUUUACAAACUUGUAAUGGAAAGUAGAGCAGGAGUCAAUAGGAAUUUAUCAAGUAAUUCUGCUAAGAAGGAAUUAGGAUCAACACUGCUAUCUGUUCUGGGAGACUUGAAGGUUAGGUACUUGAACUUGAAAGAAAAAGUCCACAAGGGCAUACCACUGGAGGAGCUGCCUCCACUGUCAAUGGAGUCCAAACUGUUGUCUGCCUUCUCCGAUUUUGCUUCCAGGCUAAUGGAAGAAGAGGCAUGUGGCCUUGCAGGAGCGAAUUCUGAGCCAGCUAAUCAAAGUGUACCUGAUGUUGAUACUUCUCUGAGCCUACAGAAGACGUUGUCCCAGAUGUCUUUUGUAUCUGACAGCAGUCAUCCUAAACAAGAUAAAUCACCUGUGAGUGAUGGUUUUAAAAACUGUGAUAUAAACAUAGGCUUUACUCAGCUGAAGCUCGACGAUAAAGAAUACAAAAGCGUUCCUGAAGUAAGUGAAGACUGGUUUGACGCAACAGAGAGGCUGACUGGAGUUGACUUCUCAGAAUCUCAGGAAAAUGGAACAGAACACGACGGAUGGAACCCAAAGAGUCCAUUAGAAUCAGAAAUGAAGAAUGGUGAACUGCUUCGAAGAACUAAAGGCUUUUUGAUACAUGUUGGUGGUCUUUGCCCCUCUGUAUCUGAGGCUGAUUUAAGGACUCAUUUCCAGAAAUACCAAGUUUCUGAAAUUUCAAUAGAUGAUUCUACUAAUUACAGAUAUGCAUCUCUUGCUUUUGCAAAAAACAGUAAUGCAAAGAUGGCUGUGAAGGAAAUGAAUGGUAUAGAAAUCAAUGGAAAAUCGGUGAAUGUGCGGCUUGUGAAAAUUCCUGGAGAACACACACCACCACUUUUGUCCAAAACUGGGAAUAGCACUAGUGUGAAUCCUUUGGAGAAAAAUACCAACAAAGAAGGCACCCUUGCCUCUUCUGCUUGUAGACUGCCCAGAGCUAGACCAAGGCAGCUGGAGUCUGAGCAAGACAGUGAGUUUCCUCCUUUGGACCAGGGUAUCAAGAAAAAUUGUAACCAGAUUGAGUCUGCUCGGUUAUUACCUGAGACACCUGUUCACUUCAUACCUCCAAAUACAUUGAACCUUCGUAGCUUCACCAAGAUCAUGAAGAGACUGGGUGAGCUGCACCCAGACAUCAGCAGAGACCACAUUAUUGAGGCCCUUCAGGAAGUGAGGAUAAAUCAUAAAGGUUUUCUGAAUGGUUUGUCCAUCAACACCAUUGUCAAAAUGACUUCAUCUUUUCUGAGAAAUUCUGCUUCCGUUAGGAAUAAAUGAAGCAAUACAGAGAAAAUCCUAGGAAAGUAUGAGUUCCCUUCAUCAGAGAACGUUCUUCAGCAUUUAGGAAAAGUUGUGGUAAUACAAUCAAACAGCCUCUAAAACUGGACCUAACACUUUAAGUAUUGCAAUUGAUAGUCCUCCUUUAAAAUCUGGCAACAACAGAUAUAUCUAUAGUAUUAAAAUCUACAUGUUUUAUUAAAUUUAUAAACUUAAUUUCAGAAUUAUUACUCAAGACUUCAAGUGUAUUUUGAAUUAGAAAAAAAGGUGGUCAUAUCUAUUUAUAAGUCAUCAUUAACAAGUUCAUUUAAAAAAUAUUGUCCAGAAAAAAAGUUUACUGUACUGUUUCAAAGUUCUUUGUAUUUGUAAAAAUUAUGUAAAAAAAUUUACAUACUUCCAUAUGUAAAAAUGGGAUUUUUCUGGAGCUCACUUUGUAGUUUCAGCUUUUAAGAUCAGAUUAGACCGUAGGGUACAGAUAAACUGAGUUCAGUGUGUGCAGAGGUAAUUACUGCUUGCAAUGCAUUAGUGUGCUUUGAUGACAAAAUAAAGCAUUCAGAUAUGUUUUCCCAGGUGUGCUGGGGUAAAGUACUGAAAUGUAAAAGUACUCCUAUUCUGGCCUAUGUUUUACUAAGUUCUGUCAUGUUUUAGUGUAACUUGGAAGGUUUUCAAAGGUUGAUGUGGUUCCCUAUCUUCUAGCACUAUAGAUGUAAGGUUAACCCCAUUUGCUUUCUAAUAGUAACUACUGCACUGGUUAAAACUACAUUUGUACUGAUAAUAGCAUUUAGUACUUUUUCAAAUGUUUAUACUGUUUCUAUCCAAUACUUCAUUGUUGUUGCUUGAUUAAAAGUUACCCCAUUAAGCAUUUA